UCAGUGCAUGGAGGAUAAAGUCGUACAGAGAUGUGACAUGCAGAUCAGCGAGCCCAUCCUCAAACACUUUGUAGUGCGCAACCUCGAUGCAGGAGGCGUUUGCAGCAUAUGCGCUGCAAUGAGGCUCUUUUAAGCUUCGGGGGGGGGAAGGGCGUAGACACAUGACGAGCGGACCCCCUGUGCCACACAGACAGCAUCGCUUCAAAAUGGAUCAGCAGUGGAUUCACGUUCUGGCAACGCUGUUGUUGUAUCACAGAUUAACCCAAGGCGCUGUUAGGGUGCACACGGUCAAGGAAGGCCAGCCGUUUGACAUAACGUGCAAGCCCUCCGAGAUGGGCUCCAUGACCAUCUGGUUUCGAGUGCGGGACACAUCAGGCGUGGAGUUCAUCGCGUCUUUCUCCAACCAUGGCAUGAUAAAGGCAGAGGGCGUCUCCUACACGUCCACCUUCAGCGGCAGUAAAAUGCCAGACAACAUCAUGACCCUGACGUCCUUCAGUAAAGGUCGUGACAGCGGCCUCUACGGCUGCGCGUCUCUCAAAAACAACCAACUGUUGUUUGGUGACGUGACCCGACUGGCGGGGGUUGAGGCGGCGACAAAAGCAGCCGUGGCCCCCACCGUCAAAGUGCAUCCGUCCAUGACCUCCUUGCCGUGUGUUUGUGAGCGAGUAGCCAGGAAAGGCGACGCCCUGCCUUGCAGUCCCAUCAUACUCAUUCCACUGGCAGGCAGCUGCGGCCUUCUUCUCCUAAUCGUCCUCAUCGUCAUCGUGUACUGCAACCAGGUGAGGACUCGCAGAUGCCCGCAUCACUACAAAAGGAGGCCGCGGAAGGUGGCACCUGGAAAACAACAACAGCACACUUGAUAAUUGGAUAAACUGGAAUAGGACACACAAAAACGAUUCAACACCUCCCUUUUUAUGAGUCUUUGGUCUUUCCUGCAAAUUUGCAGCCAUUUUGUUUUGCAGUUUGUGAAUUUUUUUUUUUUUUACCAAACGCAAAUUGUCAUUUAUCACAACGAAUGUUGAUAGUUUCCAGCUAAAGACAAGUGUACUUGGAUGUGGCUUUUUAAAAGGAUAUAUAUAAAUAUAUUUUUUAUUUUAUUUUAGUACCAUGUGUGCAUGUGCAUUUCCUAGUUAUUAAACAUUGCUUUGAACUUGGGCAACUUUUAAUGCGGAUUUUAGAAGAUUAUUGCUCCUUAGUCUGUUUUUGCGCAGACAUUUCUACAGCUACAGAAUUAGCACUGAAUGUUAAAAAUUGUUUUUCCAGAAAAUAAUUUUCACUUGUUGGCUGUCACAAAAAUAUAUACAUACACUGUAUGUAACGGAUGCCAGCCUGUACGUUGGAAACAUCUCACUCCCUCUGCAUCAAGAGCUGCACUGACACGCGCUCGACAGUCCGGGUUUUUAGCCGUGUGGUCAGCGCUCUCGCCUCCCGUUACGUAGGUCGAACGUUCGAAACCCAGUGCGGGCGAUGCGAAUCAGAACCGAUCACACUUACAAAUGUUGCAUUUAAUCAUUUUGUAGUCAAUGCAAUAUUAUGCCGAGCAUUUUAAAUUUUCCACGUUGAUACAACUGACAUUCAGUAUGAUCAGUAUGUAAAAUAAAAAAAAUACUCAAAUGCCAUGAAAUAAAUUUGUCUUUAUUUAUAUGCUCAUUGUUUUGUCACUUGAUGAACCGAGCACAUCAAACCCGCUCAUUUGCGUCCCCCCCCAUCAGUCAUUCAGGAUGUUGGCUAAAUGGUAGAAAACAUUCAAACGUUUUAGCAAAAUAAAUGAUGUCGUUGCGAAGCCCCCCCCCUCCAAGUCAACAGGAAGUGGGCUGCUGCGCCUUUUUGCAGCGUGAAAAACCACCAAGUCAGGAGUUUUUUGUUCCUGUUCAGGUUUGACACACACACAUACAGAUCCCCCUGCACCUUUAAGAAAAAAAGUGUUCCCAGAAGCCUUUCCCCACACAUCAGUUCAUGUUUGAAUCAUUUUUAGGCACAAGCGGUGAGGCACGUCGGCUUAUUAGACUUUUCAUUCAAUUAGUAUUAGUCAAAUAUCUCCCAUCUCGUGAUGCACGCCCACACGCGCACAGCAUCCAGGAGGGAAAUCAUCACAACGUCUUUGUAUUUACUUUACAUAUCAAAGCCCUUUCUAAGUCAUACAGUGUUUCCUUAUGCAGAGUAGAAUCUUCUUUUGUGUGUGUUUUUUUUUUUUUUUUUACAGUUUCUCGUAAACGCCACAUUGGUUUACUAAGUGCAAUUGUACUUUUUACAAAUAUAUAUAUAUUCCAAAGAGCCUCCUGGUGACAGAUAUUUUUCGAAUUGCAGGAAAAGUUGAAAGGAUACUGUCCAAAAAAAGCAACAAAACAAAGUGACCAAAGCUGUACACUAGUGUAAUCAUGGCACGUCAUGAUAGAAAACUCAUUGGAUUUCAGCAUUGCACAACAUCUUAAUACUAUACACUCCUGCGAGCUGCCGUUGUGUUACGAGUGCGUCGCCUGCAGAUGUAAAACUCCAACAUGAUGGACAACAUCUUUCUUCUCUCGCUUCACUCAACACAGCGACCGGCAACUCAUUUGAACUCGUUGUGUCUCCAGCAUGUCUCUCCGCAAACAGAAACAGAAAGCUCCUCAUCUUUGACUGCAAGUGAAACCAAGCAAGAAUGGCAUGGUUUGAUGUGUGUGUGUGUGUGUGUGUGUGUGUGUGUGUGUGUUU